AUGGGUUCCAGAGUAAGAGACACUGUACGCUUCUUGUUCGAAUUAUUUUGUGAAGUAUCACCUGGUGAUCAUCUGAGGGAACCUUACGUCAUAAGGAAAUAUCCAGAAACAUAUAAAAAUGAAGAAGAGUUAAAAAAUAUUCCAAAAUUUACAUUCCCAUGUCAGCUAGAAAAUUCGUUUGCACAGCACUAUUCAUUUGUGCUGACUUCGGAGGACUCUAAAUAUACAUUUUGUUUCUGUCGAUAUGAUCCUAAAGCUAACACAGCACUUGUGUUACUGUCACAUCUACCAUGGCACGAUAUAUUUUACAAGUUACUGAAUUGCAUAGCGAACCUGAUUAACAGUCCAGAACGAGGUGAAUUAGCAUCAUUCUUGGAAGCAUGUCGGAUACGUCCACCUAUGCCCGGCCAUACACUUAAAGUGACUUAUAAUGCUGGCCACAGCGUUUUCACUUGUCAGUGUCCAGACAGCAAACUUCCAAGUAUUCCAGAAAAUUGCAACUUAACGGAAUACUUCAGUGCCAUGGACACGAAAUGUAUGGCCGGGUUAUGGGCGGCGUUGCUGCAUGAGCGCAGAGUUGCGAUAGUAGCCUCAAAGCCUUCCAGGCUAUCGGCCUGCGUGCAAGCAGCAAAUGCAACGUUGUUUCCAAUGUCCUGGCAACACAUAUUCAUUCCAAUUCUUCCAAAACAUCUGGUUGAUUAUUUAUUGGCGCCCAUGCCAUUUCUUAUUGGAGUUCCUAGGAGUGUGAUGGAGAAUGUAAGGAUGUCUGAAAUAGGCGAUGUGGUUAUAUUAGACGUAGAUGCAAAUGAGCUUAAAUCACCAUUCAACGAUUUGGAUGGACUCCCCUCUGAUCUGGUGGCGAGCUUAAAGAAGGCUUUAAGUGAUAAGAAUGCAUUGGGUGAUGCCGUGUCUCGAGCAUUUUUACGUGCCCUAGUGUCAUUAAUAGGUGGAUACCGUGAUGCUAUAAAAAUUGAAAAUGGUCAGCUGAUUACCUUCAAUCCUGAGGCUUUCAUCAGAACCAGAAAGAACAUGCAACCAUUCCUUACAAAAAUAUUACAAUCACAAAUAUUCCGUCAGUUUAUUGACGAAAGAUUGGAUCUGCUGAAUUCAGGGCGUGGUUUCAAUGACGAGUUUGAAGUGGAAUGCAACAAUUACGCAGAUAAGCUAAAUACAGGGAGCGGGCAGAAAUUAAAACAGCAAUACAGAGAUUGGGCCAAAACAGUCAAGAAGGAAGGCGGUGCAUUUUUCAAGACAGUAAAAGACAAGGCGAACCCAGCUGUGCAAUCGGCGGUCAAAACGGUUCGUCAAGGAGGAAAGAAUGUGAAAUCUGCAGUAAAAGGUCUGAAGAAUAAAAUGCCUAAGACUGGGUCCCGCCCGUCUUCAAUAAACACCACCGAUGAUAGCAGAUUUUCGUGUGGGUCAGCAACGCCGGUGUCGUCAGAUUCGUCAGAUUCAUCGCCUUCGAAUAAACUCCCGCUGAGCCGACCACUGCCACCUCGUGAGCCUCCGCCCGCAUUGCCCCUCGAUCUGCUCACCGAGAUGGAGUUCCUGUUCGACAGUAAAAAAACACAACGACGUGACAGCUUCCCUAACAGUUCGCACAACUCCGACAUCAGCCUUCCAGAUAAAGCAAAAACACUGUCACCAUGUCUCCCACCCCGGUUACCGGAACGUCCCCAACUCCCAGUCCGUUACCCAAUAAUUUCCACGAGGAAACUAAUUGAUUUAUCUGAUGCGCCCAUGCCGCCGCCGCGUGCGACACCUACUUCGACGCUCCAAAAUCUACACUUUGUCAGUAACAUCACAAAAAAUGAUGUGAAUACUACACCAGACUUUCACACCAGCACGAUACGCUUCACCGAAGGCAAUGAUAAAGCAAAAUUAAAGUUGACCCUAUCAACGAAUCAAAGGAAGGUGUCACUGCCGACCUCUCAAUCGCCAUGUAACGGCACAGCGCCGAAACUUACGGUACCCUCUGUAGGUAGACCGAGCCAAGAGGGCGUAAGGCCCAGGCUCGUCGUGGGACCCAACGCCGAACUACCUUCGUACAAAGGAAAAAUUCAAGAGUCGUGUGGCUCUGAUUCUGAUCUCAUUAAACUGGAUGAUUCGCCGACAAACCUAGAAGAUUUCGAUCCACUCAAGUGUCGUGAUAAAAAUCAAAAAGUCGAACAAAUCAAAUCCACAGACAGUGCUCUCUUACACGAAUAUGGACUAGAUUUUAGCCAAUUUGGUUUAUUAGACUAUUCCGAAGGUUCGAGCGGUCGACAAGAUUCCAACACUAGUGUUCCCAAAGGCUGGACAACUUUUAAUUAA